UUCAUUUUUCACUUUUUUCAUGCUCCAGAAUAGGGCAGUUCGUGGAGAUCUGGCACCAUUAUUAUGGCAUUCUUUUGGUACUAUCACUACACUGCUACAGGAAAUAAUUUCAGUGUACCACUUACUGUCUUCUCCAUACCUUACAGACAAAGCAUCAAAUAAAGUGUGCAAUGCACUUGUUUUACUUCAGGGGAUAGCAGCACACCCAGACACAAAGAUGCUUUUUAUUAAGGCUAAAAUACCUUUGUAUCUCACUGCCUUUCUUAACAACACAAACAAGGAAAAGUCUCAUGAGUUUUUAAGACUUAGCAGUUUAGGAGUUAUUGGUGCACUUGUGAAGGUUGAUGACGCGCAAGUUGUACGCUUCCUUCUCAGUUCUGAAAUUCUUCCUUCUGUCCUACGUUGCAUGGAGGUUGGCAAUGAAUUGUCAAAAACGGUAGCUACAUUUAUAGUCUACAGAAUCCUACUAAACGAUGAGGGACUGAAGUAUUGUUCCGUUCUAGCAGACCGAUUUUUUGCCAUAGGGCAUGUUUUAGCAAAAAUGAUUGAGAAGCUCGCCGAGGAUGGAAGGAUUGCAGAAGACCAAUCUAAGCGACUGCUGAAACACAUUAUUUGGUGUUAUCAUAGGCUAUCAGAAAGUCCAAGGGCAUGCGAUGGGCUAAGGUGUUGCCUUCCGAUGAAGUUGAGAGAUUCAUCCUUCAUUAAUGUAAUCCGCGAUGAUCAAACAGCAAUGCAUUGCUUAGGUCAGUUAUUUCACAAUGUUGCGGCUGGACAUCCGUCUACAACUCAAAAGGCUUUGCAGCCGGUAAGUCCAUUACUCGGACACUUAAUUGGAGGCUAGAUUAUGCAGAACACACAUAUACUGUACAAGGUACUAGGGGGAAUAACAAAAUGUACAGUUGGUAUAGGUUAUACACUCUCUGCUUUCUAGUGUUAAGCAAAUGUACAUUCCUUUACUUUAUGUUAAAGGAUAUAGCUCUUUUCUUUAUGAGCUAAACUAAUGCAUUUUCUUUAUUUUGAAUAUGAAGGAUAAGUUAAUAAUCACUA